CUCUGAUCCGGAGAAGAAGAGGCUCCGUCUGCAGCAGCUUCACAUCUGGACCUGCAGUUCUGGUUCUGGUUCUGUUCUGGUUCUGGUUCUGGUUCUGGUCGGGACGAUGGGCGCCCGGGACGACGAGUACGACUACCUGUUCAAAGUCGUCCUCAUCGGGGACUCCGGCGUGGGGAAGUCCAACCUUCUGUCUCGCUUCACGAGGAACGAGUUCAACCUGGAGAGCAAGAGCACGAUCGGCGUGGAGUUCGCUACACGUAGCAUAGCGGUGGACGGGAGGACGGUGAAGGCCCAGAUCUGGGACACGGCGGGACAGGAGCGCUACCGCGCUAUCACCUCCGCCUACUACCGCGGCGCGGUGGGGGCCCUGCUGGUCUACGACAUCGCGAAGCACCUGACCUACGAGAACGUGGAGCGCUGGCUGAAGGAGCUGCGAGAUCACGCCGACGGAAACAUCGUCAUCAUGCUAGUGGGAAACAAGAGCGACCUGCGGCACCUGAGGGCGGUGCCCGCCGACGAGGCCCGCGCCUUCGCAGAGAAGAACGGUCUGUCCUUCCUGGAGACGUCAGCGCUGGAUUCAACUAACGUGGAGACGGCGUUUCAGACAAUCCUGACAGAGAUCUACCGGAUCGUGUCCCAGAAACAGAUGUCUGAGCGUCAGGACGGAGAGUCUCCCAGCAACAACGUGGUCAACAUCCAGGUCCAGCCCACGGAGAACAAGCCAAAGAUGCAGUGCUGCCAGAACAUCUAGUCCUGGUCCUGGUGGGGACCCUGGUCCUGGUCCUGGUCCUGGUCCUGGUCCUGGUCCUGGUCCCGACCCCUGAAGGACUGCCCCCCCUCUUUAGGUUCUGCAGGACAGCAGUUUCAAAUCACCGUAAGCCUGAGUUCUGGUUCUGCGUCAAAUCGACGCCGUGUGAUACGGGUCGACGCGUAGCACACGCCGUCGCUGACGCCGUCGCCGACGCCGUCACCCACUCCGUCGCCGACGCCGACGCCGUCACCGACGCCGACGCCGUCACCGACCUGCUCCUCCCGAAAAUGAUAACUACUCGUGGAGGCGACGCAGACCACACGCAGACGAGAGGCUGUGAUUGGUUCUUGGUAGCAACGCAUUUCCUGUUUCCGGUUUGAAGUAGUCGUGAACUUUCAGCCUCUUUUCUUCCUGUUGUGGGUGAUUUUUUUUGUUUUGGUUUUUUGCACAAUAGUUGUCCACUUUGACCGGACAAAGUCGGAUAAACCAUUCAGGAAAAGAUGGUGAAUUAGCGGUCACGGGGGGAACUGCACCGCGGAGAAAUGGAGUGACGGAGAAGUCCGAAGGUUCACGACGGCGACGGCGUUACGGCGACGGUGUCACGGCGACGGCGUCACGGCGACGGCGUCGUCGUCACGGCGACGGCAUUACGGCGACGGCGUCACGGCGACGUCGUCACGGCGACGGCGUCGUCGUCACGGCGACGGCGUCACGGCGACGGCUUCACGGCGACGUCGUCACGGCGACGGCGUCGUCGUCACGGCGACGUCGUCACGGCGACGGCUUCACGGCGACGGCGUUACGGCGACGGCGUUACGGCGACGGUCUCACGGCGACGGCGUCGUCACGGCGACGCCGUCAUGGCGACGGUGUCACGGCGACGUUACGGUGGCGGCGGUGACGGCGUUGGUUUAACGCAGAACCUUAACUCAAGCUUUAGAUUCAUGAAGCUGCGGCACCGAAAUGUCUGAUUAUGAAUGUUAAUCCUUCACCUCCUUGUUUCUCCUUCACCUCCUUGUUUCUCCUUCACCUCCUUGUUUCUCCUUCACCUCCUUGUUUCUUCUUCACCUCCUUGUUUCUCCUUCUCCUCCUUGUUUCUCCUUCUCCUCCUUGUUUCUUCUUCACCUCCGUUCCUCCUCUCAUUUCUUGUGUGAAUAUGAAUCACAUCACAUGCUCUGAAGGUUCCCAGCACCUGCUUAGCCCCGCCCCCUCACCUGGAGCCCCGCCCCCUCACCUGGAGCCCCGCCCCCUCACAUGAGGCCCCGCCCCCUCACCUGAGGCCCCGCCCCCUCACCUGGAGCCCCGCCCCCUCGCCUGGAGCCCCGCCCCCUCACCUGCGGCCCCGCCCCCUCACCUGAGGCCCCGCCCCCUCACCCGCUUAGCCCCGCCCCCUCACCUGAGGCCCCGCCCCCUCACCUGUCCGGUCUAUAACCAUCAGUCACAUGACUCUCACCUGCUGCCUCGUCUCCAACACGUCGCUUCACGUUGAGUCGCCUUAGUAGAUCAUGGUGGCCCCCCGGUGGCCCCGGUAGCCCCGGUGGCCCCCAGGGGCCCCCGGUAGCCCUGGUAGCCCUGGUGGCCCUGGUAGCCCUGGUAGCCCCGGUAGCCCUGGUGGCCCCAGUAGGCCUGGUAGCCCCCAGGGGCCCCCGGUGGCCCCGGUAGCCCUGGUGGCCCCCAGGGGCCCCCCGGUAGCCCCAGGGGCCCCCAGUAGCCCUGGUGGCCCCCAGGGGCCCCCCGGUAGCCCCCAGGGGCCCCCGGUGGCCCCGGUAGCCCUGGUGGCCCCCAGGGGCCCCCCGGUAGCCCCAGGGGCCCCCAGUAGCCCCGGUAGCCCUGGUGGCCCCCAGGGGCCCCCCGGUAGCCCCAGGGGCCCCCAGUAGCCCCGGUAGCCCUGGUGGCCCCCAGGGCCCCCCCGGAAGUCUGGUGGCCACCAGGACCCCCCACUAGCCCUGGUGGCCCCCAGGGCCCCCCGGUGGCCCUGGUAGCCCCCAGGGGCCCCCCGGUGGCCCCAGGGUCCCCCACUAGCCCCGGUGGCCCCCAGGACCCCCCACUAGCCCUGGAGGCCCCCAGGACCCCCCACUAGCCCUGGUGGCCCCCAGGGCCCCCCGGUGGCCCCCAGGGGCCCCCACUAGCCCUGGUGGCCCCCAGGGCCCCCCGGUGGCCCCCAGGGGCCCCUGUAGGGGUGUAGCGGUAGACGGCGGGUCUGCAGACUCUGAAUCUGCUCGGGUUCUCAAACCUCCGAUGUUUGUGUGUUUUAUUUGAAACUGUUAUGAUUCCUUUUUUUAAUUUUUUAUAAAGUAUUGAAUCUGUAAUUCUGAAGUUCUUAUGGUUUUAUGUUUUGUACAGACGGUGAAUUGUACAAUGUUGUCUAUAUCUUAAGUUAUCAGUCCAUCUUAAUAAUAAA